UUGGAAUUACUUAAAAAUACAAACUUUGAUUUUAUCAGCAAACACCGGAGCGGAUUUGUAAUCUCCGCUGUGGUGAUCGUUAUCGGCUUGGUUUUCCUCGUAAUUCAUCAAGGACCGAACUUCGGAAUCGACUUUCGUGGCGGCGUUAAGAUCCAAGCCAAGUUCAACAGGGCAGUCACUGAAGCUGAGUUGCAAGCCAAACUCACCGAAAUCGGCUACGAACGUGUUAAGAUACAGAUAGAUGCCAGCAAAAAUGAGGCAUUCGUCUCCAUGGGGUAUCGCCCUGAAUUUCAGCAGCAGUUGAUUGAUAUCCCUAUUAUGACAGAUCCGGGUGAUGCAACCGCUAUCGGUCUUCAAGUGAGUCGUACUGCCCCGAAAGCGCAUCUAUUGGAGAUAGGUGAAAGUGUCCAACUUAUUGAUGGCAGUAUGCAACAACGCAAUGAGAUUAUCGCACGUGAUGAUGCUACCGAAAAUGAGGCAAUUCAGUUAACGUUCGCAAGACCCUUCGGAAUUGACUUGAGUGAAAACGCCACUAUCCAAGUCCAAGCAAGUGUUGGUCGAAUUCUCACAGAUGUCCUGCUUGAAGGUGACUUUCAAUCACCUGGGGGCUGGCAGGCACUCGCUGGCGGCGUCAAUAUCUCUGAAGUCGGACCGAGUGUUGGACGCGACCUUAAAUUGGCGGCACUCUGGUCGGUGCUUGGCGCGAUUGCUAUUUUGUUGCUGUAUAUCUCUUGGCGAUUUGAGUUCCGUUUUGCCAUCGGCGCAAUCGCCGCGCUUGUACACGAUGUCGUUAUUACCUUGGGUGUCUUUGCCGUUCUGUCAAAGGAGAUUAAUCUACCAACUGUUGCCGCGUUCCUUACAAUUAUUGGCUAUUCGCUCAACGAUACAAUCGUCGUAUUCGACCGGAUUCGGGAAAAUACGCAAUCCUUACGCGGCACUGACUACAUUACAGUUUUGAACAGAAGCAUCAAUCAGUCGCUGAGUCGAACCGUUAUCACGUCUUUGACAACGCUGUUUGUUGUUCUGGUUAUUUUCCUCAUCACCGGUUCAGGUGAGGAAAUUAACACGUUCGCCUUGGCACUCAUCGUCGGUAUAUUGGUAGGUACAUACUCUUCAGUAUUCAUCGCGAGUCCGAUCCUGUAUCUCUGGAAUCGAGGACAACCGCAACAAGCUUAA